UCCCAAAGUAACAUAUAACCUUAUAAAGUUUAACUGUUAAUUUGAAUGUGUAAUUUCAGUUCAGCCAAAAGAUGCAUGUGUCUCAUGAAAUCAUUUCUUUACAAAGCAUCUCUUCAUCACACGCAAAUCAAAGAGGAAAGUAAAAAAUGUAUCUGAAGUUGGAACUGGCUACAUCGAAAAGCUAAGCAGGCGUGUCCAGGAUCAAAGAGGAAAGGAGGACCUGUGUAAAGGAGGAAACUAACAGAAAAGAACAUGACUACGAGAUGUCCAGCAUUGCAUGGAGUCUUGGACGUUGCUCAGGUUCAGUUAGAAUUUGUUUUAUGACAUACUAAAGAUGGGAAGGAGUCAUCCUCGGCGCUUGGUGAAACAGAUCGGAAUUCAAGUAGAAGUUGCAACAAAAAUCAAACAUAUACUGGACUUCACAGAAGAACCAAAAGAUGUUAGCAUCGAGGCCGUAGUCAAAUCAUUUCACAAAAUAUCAGAUGCACAACAGGAAAUCAGAGAUGCGCUAAAGGAGUUUGAUAUAGAUGUUAUAAUAAUCGAUGACGAUGCAGUCUACGCGAAUUUUACACUGGAAUACCUGCAAGACCGACAGAAAUUAGACGAGGAUACUCUUGCAUAUGUUCGUCUGUAUAUAAAUGACGAAGAACAGAACACAUCCUGGCUGAAAUGUGACUUUCCGUGCCCUGUUGUCUUUGAUUUCUGUAAGACAAAAGCAGAAAACCAAACAACCAAUAAUAAAGUCAUUGCAAAGGCUUGCAACGAAGAAUUUGGUUUCCGUGCGGCAAUUGUUCAAAAACGGAUCGCCAAACUCAAUCAUUACUUAGAAAGUUAUUCAUCAUAUCUCCAGGAACUCAUAUCCAUAUGUAGUAAUGCUGAACAUAUAAACAGGUGUGUCGUGGAGUCUUUCGACGACAACGCCACUGAAGAUAAAUUGUUCAGCUUUGCUCGUUCUGUAUGGCUUGAUGGUAACCCCAACACCCCUCGCCCGCUAAGCAAUGCGUUCACAGUGAAUGAUCAUAAAUCAAAACUUGUCCAUGAAAUCCUAAAAGACCUUUGUGAGAAAAUCAGUUGCUCUAUACUGACAAAGUUAUCGAAUUAUAUUAAGAAGCAGAUAAACACGACAGCUUUCGAUGCCGUCAGAUCCGAUGUUGCAAACAACCAAGUGGGUUAUAUACAUAGGAAGAGUAUAUUCGUAUGGAUUUAUGAUUUAUUGUUGGCAGAAAUUCGUAUUGCAAUUUCGAUUGUUGUUACGUAUUUUAUCCCCAUGGAUGUCAACUCAGAUAGAUGGCGGAAAGGAAUUGUAACGAUGACUCACAAAUCUUUGCUGGUGCACAGAAUGGCUAUUCUGAAUGAACUAAACAAGCAAUACCAGAAAAUAUACCAAUGCAUCACAUAUCAGCUGAAACGAGAACUUCAGGAAACAUCAAAUCACCUUCUACCAUACAGCGCGAAAGGAUACUCUGGUUGCAAACUGACAUCUGCCAGCUAUGGUACUGAUAAAUUUGGCAGGAAGGUCAUUGGGUUGCGCGCAGAAAACUUUGAUCACAUUCAUCUGACCUAUGAAAAAGGCAUGGAUAUCUUCUUCGACCAGAAGACAAUCAAAGAGUCUACUUCAGAAAUGCAACUAGUAGACGCUUACAUGGAUUUCCAACUCGUGGAAAACGUUCGGAUCAGGUUUGAACUCCGUCGAUACCUCAACCAGAUCGUCAGAAAGCACACACCGGAACUGAUGAAGAAGCAUUCAAACCUUAUCACGAUCAGUACAAGUCCUGUCACGUCUCAUCGAGGAGGCAUAGAAAAAGCCGCAUGCAUUGUCCUCUACUGUUCUUGCAAGGGCAUCAUUCCAUUAGGAGAGCCAACGUUCCCACGGGAAUUAGACAACAUUCCAGUUGAUGUCAGGGAAGGUUAUAUAUACUUCGCAACAGCACGAGAAUUCCAUGAUCCUCUCCGUCUAGGAUGUAGCAUAGGCGUUUCAGGAGAAUCUAAAGCGGGCUCUAUAGGCGUUUUUGUGAAGGAGGUUGCCACAACAGAUCAGUAUGGACUACUUACUUGUGGCCAUGUCCUACUUCCGGGUCAGGAGCUAACUGACCCUCACAUCCGACAAAAAAUUCGCGAUUCAAUCGUUUCCAUUGAUGUUGUUCAACCUUCGUACAUGGAUGACCGCAGUAACAUAACGUGUGGUAGACUCAUUGAUGCCAAAUUUGGAAAUGUUAUAUACAACGGCAAUUUUACAGGCGUCGACUAUGCAUAUGUGAGAAUGACAUGUCGCAUACCUCGGGUAUUGAAAUUUCCUACUGUCGAAUGGGAACAUACUGAGGCCUCAAUGAAAGAUGGUUACACAGAAGAAACGGAGAUGGGUCCCCCGAUACUAGACAUGGAUGUGGACGACACUGAACAUAAUGUGUAUAAAUUUGGAAGAACAUCAGGGUUUACAAGAGGAGCGUUUAAUUUCAGCGGGGCUGUACUUCGAAAAGAACCAUUUUCAGCUUCUCUUUGUCCGCAAAAAAAUGCGGAAUGUUGCCUGUUCAAUUUAUACAAUAUUGAAAGUUUGAGAAGGCCCUUUUUUGAACCAGGGGAUUCUGGAGCGUCUGUUUUCAUACGGAAAGCACAUAGGGCUCAUGUGGUUGGGUUAGCAGUGGGAGGCUUGGUCAAUGGCAGAGAAUGCUUCGUAACCCCUAUAGGUGCUGUGUUAGACUCCAUUGAUCCGCGCAUUGAAAUCCAAUGCUUCCCGUAUUAGUGUGAUGCUAGAUAUAACUUUUGUGAUUAUGAAUAAAUAGAAGAAUUGGGCAAAAUAUCUUGCUUCGCAGGAGGUUGCUUAUCUGGUAUAUCAUACUUUCCUUUUUUUCUCACGUGUUUAGAUUCAAUCAUCCUAAAUGGCAUUGACAAAAAUUGAAUUGACAACUUGUAAAAAUAAUUAUAUUCCUAUGAUAGAUAAUUUACUUUACAACUUCCCUUCAUAAAUAUUAGGCUAUCAAUUGCAAAAACAUUUUCGUUGCUCAAAAUAUUUUCGUCGUUAUUGGAUCAGCAGGAGAAACCUGAGUCAGUAAACUCAUUAAGCUAAAUGACGUGUCAAUGUUUAUUUAACCGAUGCUUGGUACUAUGUAUAGUUUACAUGCGUUAAUAUACUCGUAGCUCGAUAACAAUGAGUAAAAAGGUAGUUAGUCUUUCCUAUUUUUGCUUUGGAACGUUAUAUUGUUUUUAAAAUAACUUUUUAUCGUAAUUAUUUCUAUUCCUUUGUUUCAAAAUUCUUAAACAUCAUAAUACAUAUCUCUUCGGGGUUUUACAGUUUUCGAAGUGUUAAAGGGGACAAUGUUGUCUUUUGUAAGGAAGCUACUUUAUAGCGAAAAGUUUUUGCCAUAGUUCAACUUUUGCUUUUGAUAACAAUCUGUAGAUAUGGCGAAUUCAUCAAAACGGCGAUUGUUAUUACACGACAUACAAUAAUUUUAGAAAAGAACGAGAUUACACUGGGUGACUAUGGAUUUCACUGUUGAUGUGCAAAUACUUCACUUGGCAAAAGUUUUCCUGUUUAUUGUAGUGUAGGUGAAAUAUUUGUUCCACAACAGACGGAUACAUAUGAUAUACAACGCAUGAACGUGGGUAAAAUUAUAUGCAACCUGGUGAUUUAAUACGGUUCGACAUACAAUUAUUUGAGUACAGCAAUGAUUUUGGUAUAUAUAUAUGUUUUAGAACAUUGAGGUUACAUUGAAGUUUAGCUUUCGACAUAAUAAAAAUUUAGAAAUACUGAAUUCAUCAUAACUUAAGGACACCGUAUCAUGUUGCAUUUAAAUUAAUUUCUUUCAAUAAAGUCAAAUUAUUCCUAUAAAAUGAUAUAUUUGUUCCACUCAGGUCUAAUUUAUCAAUAAAUCCGUCGACAUUAUGUUCAUGCGAAACAUAGUUAGAAAAGAAACAAAUCUUGCUCCCAUUUCUGUUUGAAAAUAAGAGGCCAUGAUGUUCUGUGUUUAAAAUGGUGUAGUUACGUUCCCUUCAUUGAGUUGUCGCCCUUGAGAUGAAAAUGUUUGCUCAGUUACCCAACAGUAUCAAACAGGGACAUAUGCACAUUACACAAAUACCAUCACUUUCCUUUAAUAGUUUUCAGAUUCGUAUGUAUUUUUUAUUUUGUUAACUAUAUUUUGACAGCGUUUGUGACAAAUAAAAGGGCAAAUAUGAUGCAUGUAUGUAGGGAAAAUGCAAAGUGCAUCCUUUCACAAAUCACCGAAAUCAGACAUGGUAUAAUUCCUUUUGAACGGAUCUUCAGUAAAAAGCAUGAUGUACAAAAGCCAUUUUAAAGUCUAAAAUUAUUCAGAACCAGAUGUUAACACUAUCUUUAUCCCUGAAAAUCCAUUCCAAAUGAAAGAAUGGUGCUGACAAUGCCAUGUCAAAUUUGUAUAUUACACUUGUAUUUUAUGUAUUUAUCUUUAUUGUGUCUUUUACAUUGAUGCAUUGGUAUUUAUAAUAAUGAAUUUCAAAAAUAUUCCAAGUAAUAUGAACUAUGUAAUGUGUACAUAUGUUACCAAAGAUUUGUUUUGGUUAGAGCAAAUAUGAUCACAAUGAUCAGGUCAGCUAGCAUUGAUUUUGUUAUUUUUAAAUAGUGGGUUGAGUUUGUUGUUAUUCCUGAUUAAAUUGAAAUGAAAAGACACAUGUAAAUUCACGUCUGAUUUACCUAGCUGGUGAAUUGUAUACAAUUGUAGAACUUGCGAUAUGGUAAUGGCCAUUCUAGAAUGCACUGGUUGCAAUAUCACACUUGUCUCGGCUUUAGUAGAGUAAUAUGAAGCAGCAACGUACGUUUCAUUGACUCCUAGCAGUCUGAAUGGGUAGCAGGAUAAAACAGACGAUGCAGUUGCUGGAACUUUACAACAAUUGUAAACUUAUUUUAAUCACUUUUGUUGUCCCUAAGGGCAAGUUAUGUCAUGCCAUGGCUUGGUAACCAUCUUUUCUCAACUCCUGUUUAAAAUAUAUUAUAUCAUUGUACCAGUUUGGUUUCUUUCAGAACUGUUUUUCGAAGUAUUCUCCCCUUAUCUAUAAUAUGAAGCAACAAAAUGAAGAUUUCAGCCGAAGACAUAUUUCCCAUGUCGACUCCUGCAGUUUUAAUUUUCAAACGCUCGAAUUUCGAAAGCAUAAAUUGUAAUUCUGUAUCGCAAGAUGUGAUUUUUAGGAAGUACUUCUGUAGAAAUCAUAUUUCAUAAAGUGCUGAGGAUAAUCUUAUUUUAAUUGACGGUUACUUUUGCCUUGCAAGACUCCUUAUUAAUAAUAGGUCAAUUCCCAUUGGUGUUGGGGGAGGGGGCAAAGAGUGCGAAAAAUAAAGGUAAAUAUUUAUAAGCCUCUCCAAUCAUUAGGGAUGAAGAUUUUUCAAAUAAUUGAUAACAAAGGAUUCCUUGUUGAAAGGGACUUUACCAAGAAUAAUAUGUGUCAUGUGGGAAUAUGGUGAGGGCGGGGGCAUUCUCUGUUUUUAUUUUUGCAUUGCUGAGUCUCCCUCUGUCCAAUAAUGCUCAGACCAAAGUUAGUAAAAUCUCAUUCAUAUGUAGGGAAGGAGAAGAGUUUUAUAGAUAAACGUAUGCAUAUUUCUUUGUAUCGUUUAUUGGGUUUCGCCCUCCUGUCCCAAAGGGACAACACCUUCAAUUUAUAAAUCAAUGAUACCCACUGUCCAGAGGAUGCGCUUGAUCAUAUUUGGUUUUAGUCCGUCCUUCCGUACGGGAAGUUUUUAAAAAAAAAGUUUUACCUUUAUUUCCCCGAUAAGGCACCGCCCCUCUUCUCCCAGGGUGCAUAACAUCUAUUGCUAUAACACCGAGUUCCUUAAGCGCAAUGAUGCUCUUUUCAAAAUUUGGUUAAAAUCCUUUGAUAGCUACGUAUACUGAAGGAGUAAUAUUAUCUUUAUAUUUUCACUUGGACCUUGUUCAUCUGCCUCAAUGGGUUUAUAUGCUCAUUUAUAUAACGCUGAGUUCCCUUUUCCCGACAACCAUCUUACACAAACUGGCUGAGAUACAUUGAUCCGUUAUGGACUGGUAUCGUUUGUAAGGAAAUGUGUGCUCGUCACAUAUUUGUACACCCAUGAAUGUCUAAUUGAACGAGUUAUUCUUAUACUUGUUAACUGUGUUGUUGUGGUGUUUAUAAAUGCAUUUAUCCACACACUUUUGUAGAUAUGAAGAACGAUAAAGUUGUUUCUUAUAAUGUACCUGUUAAACUCAACAGUACAAAUACAUAUUUAAGAAUAAACCUGCUAUAUCCUACCGUCUAGUAUUAGGCGACGAUUUUGUUCCGUUCUGAGUAUUCUGCUUAGGGUAAAAUUAAUUUCACCCUAUGCUGUAUAUAUCUUCGGACCACUAUAUUUUCGUUCUUAUGGUUAAAACUUGAAAUUUAUUGUUCAUUUGUUUAAUUGGUGACCUGGUUUAUCCAACGUCUACAGUAUAUAUUUGACGGAUUUAGUAUCACGGAAAUAUGUUCAUGGCAACAGCCAUGGUUAUAUGAUGUGAGAACGGGUGUCCAGGUAUACACCGCCUGAAAUAAAUGAAAGUAGAUAGAAGACAAGGAAGACGACCCCCCCCCCCCGAUUAUGCAGGACCACCCAUAGUUGUUGAUGAUGCAUUGGGAUACAGCAAGCCUAUUCUGUUCUGUCCCCGAACCUGUACGCUUUUGAAUUUUCCUAUACGAGUGAACGUGUUUGAAAAAUAAGUAACAAUUCUAAUACGUGUAAUCAUUCGUGAUAAAUACGCUUGAACUGUUAUCAAUUUCACAAAUGCAGGUGGAAAUACAAUGUACAAUA